CCUUUUGGAGGUUAAUUGUUAACCGUUGAUUGUUCACUGAUUGUCAACAUUUAAUUACAAUCCAAGACCACCAAUCGCUUCAUCAGUUAAUCCUGAACCUGCAUCGAAACAAUUUAAUUAAACAAAAUUAUUCCUUCACUUGGUAACAUCGAACAAAAAUUACUCUCAUCUCGCCGGAAGUGUUAUCCUUUUUUUCCCAUAAGAGAACCAAAGUAACAUCAACAUCUCUCAUCCUUCAUCUUUCUUUUUUCUGUCCAAUUGGUUUUUUUUUAUAAUUCUUUUCAAUUUGUGUUCUUUUUUUUUCUUUUCUAUGUUUCUUUUUAAACUCUAUUUAUUUGUAUCUCGUUUAUCAAAUUGCUGAUUAACUGUUAACAUUUUCUCUCUACCUUUUUUUUAUUCCAGUCAAGUGUCUCUUACUGAGAGUUACACCCUUCUACUUGAAUUCUAAGCCCGUCCUUUGUUUUUUUCCCCUUACCUGUGUAAAUGAUUUUCUUAUUCUUUUGAAGGAAAUUUUGUGUUUAUUAUCCAUCUUCAUCAUUUGGAGAGUAUCCUCUGUUUUUUUUAUCGUUGGUUCUAUCCCAUCAUCAUCAUCGCUUCUACUAAGUAGCUGUUGUUGUCAUUACAUCAAUCAUGCCGGACCUUGGAUCUGUUACCGGAGCAACUGCUCUGUCAAUUAUUGAUCAUUUUCCAAUUCUAGAUUUUAAACAAUAUCUAGAUUUAAGUGUAGAUAAUGCUUGGCUCAUCUAUGCCUCAAAUCCUCGAUCUGCUAUUGCGUUUGUUUUCGCAAUUGUAUAUGUUAUUUAUUAUCUUCUUAAAGUCGUAAAGAAACCCGAUUUCCAUGCCCGUGAAAGUAAAUUCAGUUCAUUUGUAUUGAAAAAAUGUCCCGUUAUUCAAGAAAAAUUUUAUCCUACCCUUUGGUGUUUUGAUACACACGCUCAAACAGCAAUCGCCAAUGCAAUAAGAGGAGCAAUGCCCAAUCUCCGUUAUAAAAGAGAAAUCGUUGACCUUCCUGAUGGUGGACAAGUCUCCCUGGAUUGGUAUGAUGGUCCACCCCAACCAAAGGAUCAGUUUAACAAUGAAAACCGGCCAAUAGCUUUAUUUAUGCCUGGUUUAACUGGCGAUUCUCAGACUGAAUACAUCAAGAGUUUGAUUCCAAAUGCUCACGCUCUCGGCUAUAGAUCUGUGGCUUUUAAUAACAGAGGACGAGGUGGAAUGAAAUUAAAAACAGCGAGACUUUACUGUGCAGCUAAUUGUGAAGAUGUUGAAUUUAUAAUCAAAUAUAUUAAGGGCAAAUAUCCAAAGGCGAAAAUAGUCGCCACCGGUGUUUCCCUUGGUGGGAUAGUUUUAUGUAGAUACUUAAUUCAAGCCGGUGCCAAUGCACUGGUUGAUGCGGCAAUGCUAAUCUCAGUUUGCUAUGAUCUUGUCGAGGGUUGUAAUAGUAUGUGUAAACCUGGAUUAAAUAUGCUACUUAAUCAGCACUUGGCCCGAUCUUUGUGUCGAGUGGUUCGGGAACAGAAGCACAUCCUGGAAUCAUGUCAUCACAUUGAUUACAAUGAAGUACAACAAAGUGCAACUUUAAGACAAUUUGAUGAAAGAUUUACAAUUAAAAUGUGGAACUUUAAAACACCCGAACAAUAUUACAGAGAAGCAAGUUCAAAGACUAAAUUAUCUUACAUUAAACGACCAACUCUUUGUAUAAAUGCAGCUGAUGAUAUGUUUGCACCGAUAAAUUCAUUACCUAUUGAGGAAGUGAAAAAAUCAAGUCAUGUUGCCUUAAUUGUUACUCAUCGAGGUGGACACAUCGGUUUCAUGGAAGGACUUUUACCAAUGUUACCUUUUUUCUCUGAACGUUUAUCUAAACAAUAUUUACAAGCGCUAAUCGAACUGGACGAUAUUAUAAAUGAAUUUUCUACAUAAUCUUCUCAUUUCCAAAGACAAAAUUGCGAUACAAACAAAACCCCAAGACAAAAAGAUUCCCAUGGAUCUUGAAGCCGCUUAGGAUCAAGACGCUACCUCAUUUAAUCGUUGAGUGAUUUAGUUUUCCUGAUCCACAUCUAACUCAUAAUUUGAACCCGAUGCAUAUUUUUCAAAUCGAUUCUGUUUUACUGUACAUUGAUACCUACAGAAUCCAGAGUCUUAAUUUAUGGCUUUAAUGAGCAUUAACAGAUUAACUAAUAAUCUAAUCCCGGUUGUAAACAUGGUUUCAAAUGCGACUAUGUGAUGAUCAAGACUAUUAAGAUUAUCGAAGCAAGAAAAACCCUUACCCAAAAUUUUGACCUUAAACCUGACCCGUUCUUAAAGAAACAAAAUUUAUCGAAAACAUUGAUUGUAGUUACAAUCUAUGAUUUGGUAAAUUAACUUUGGUGCCGUGCAUCUAAUCAAUUAAUCAACUUGAUUUCUUUCUGUCUUUUGCUUUAACUUUACUUUUCUUAUUUUCUCAUUAUUGUAAGAAUGAAGAUUUGCUGCAAGAAUCAAAUGGAUUUAACCUACGUCAACAAUUAAUUAACCAUAGAUGAACAAAUUAAUUAACUAAAAACAAAGAUAACUGUAAAGAUUUAUCUGAUAAUGGAGAUUAAUUGCAAAGAUUCUAAUUAUUUCUUUGUGUGUUCUCAUUAUCAGAUAAUUUUAAUUACUCAGUCAAUAUGUGAUUACAAUUCCCGCCGAAUGCUAAUUUGAUUCAACUUGUUCCUCUUUCCAACUCUCUCUCUCUCUCUCUCCUUAAUCCAUGUGAACUAUUAGAUUCUCGUCAAUAAUAUUUUAAUCAAAAUCUUGAUCAAAAUUCUGUUAAUUUUUCUUUUUCUUGAAAAGAAAGAAGAAAAAAAGAUUCUAAAUCAAUGGAAGUCAAUUCAACAUGUCAAUUAAACAAACGAACAAUUUGAUUUAACCAAAAUUGUCAACAAACAAACAAUUGAUCUGCACAAGUCAAUUUAUAUCGCACAUGGUAAUUACUCUCAUGGAUCAAUUAACUUUAGCGAUCAACAAUUAGAAUUGAUCAACAUUCAAUUGAAUAUUUGAUUGAAAUUUUUACCUUCAUACAUUAAGAUGAAUCUUAAGUUAUAACAGAACCGUUGAAAUCCUCUGGUUGAGGAUAAACAAUUAACUUUGUUGUUUGUGUAAAUCAGCUGGUCAAUUAAAUCUAAUUAGUAUUGUGUUAUAAUGGAAACAAUUCAAUCUAAUUAAAUAAAAUGUAAAAAAGAUCAAAAUUUGAAUACUAAUUGUUAUUAUUUACGCGAAAAAUCAAACAAUCAAAACUUAACUCACAAAACUUACAAAACCAAACAACGUUUUCAAGCGCUUACGACAAGUCUUAAUUAUCGUAAUCAACGAUCGUUGAUUAAUCUCGUGAUUAAUUAGUGAUUUUUAUUGAAUCGACAAUCGAGUGAAAUCUUGACCAUUUAUGUCCUCAAAUAGCAGUAAUUUGCAAAGAUCGUCAAUAAACAGCAAACGAUUUGAUGAUUAAUCAAAAAUUAUUCAUUUAAGACGAAAUGAGCUCAAUCAAAGUCCAUUAAUUUGGUUAGUGAUCUUGGUGGUCAAUUUUCAUAAUGGCAAUUUUUCAGGAAUCGUCCAUAAGUAACAAUGAAAAGAGUUGACAGUUGAAGGGCAAAUUGUAACAACUAGUAAGUAAUUAGGCUGAAAUUCAAGCUGAGUGAUUAACACUCUGUAGAAAUAGUUUCAAGAGUUACUUUUAGUUGAUUAAUGAUGACAUAUUCAAAUUAAUGGAAUCAAUUUUGUUGAUCUUCCUCAUUUUGAACAUUUCGAUACUUAUAAGAUAAUAAUUGAUAUUUUCUAAAUUCAUAGCUUUAAGUUGAUCUUACAUUUCAAUUUAGAUUGAUUGUUUGGCAAUCAAUUCAAAUAUCUAAUCUUGUUAAUCAGCAAUUGGUUUUCUGUUUUUCUUCACACAACUAGUUGAUUCAAGGUGAAUUACUGGAAAAUAAUCAUGAUAUAAUUGAGGAAUUAAUUUUAUUUCUUAACGUUUUUUAUGUUCGGCAAAACAAACUCAUCUUUAGUUUAUUUAUUCAAUGAUUAAUAUCGAGUAAAUUCUGAUAUCAGUGUCAAACUUUGAUCACAAUCAACAAGAAAAUUGAAGGUUAUCAAGAAGGAAAAAUAUAACAAGAUUAAUUGGUGUUAAUUAACAUUUAAUUACCCAAAAGUUGUGAGAAGAGUUAAUGAUUACCAAACUGUAAGAUGAUCGGUCCAAAAUGAACAGAUUUUGUGUUCUUAAUUAUUGCUGCAAUUAAACUAAUCUAAUUGAAUAUUUUUUCUCAUGACACAAAGACCAACCUUUCCUAUGAGAGCUCGAAUUUGUAGAACUGUUCAAUUAUCUUUACAAUUUUCGCACUGAAAAAACCUCGAAAUUUGAAACAUUUUCGCUUUCCAAGUUUAAAACUUCAACAAAAGAGUAAAACUAAUUAAUCUCGUUAUAACCAUGAGGGUUUAGGCCAAUUACUUUUACAAGAAUAUUUUAAUUGUAACAAACAAUUAAUUUAAUAAUUUUUUUCGUCUUUUUAAUUAGAUUUUAAAUAAACCGCUUUCGAAUUAUUUGUUCGAUUUAAAAUCGAUUGUUUGAGAAAAUCGAAAAUCGUUUAAAUGGAUAAGCGAAACUAAAGAAGCGCGAGUUUUUUUUCUGAUUGUAAUUAAAAUCAUUUUGUUUUCAAUUGAAUUGGUACAAAUUUAUUAAUUGUUAUUUUAUUGUUCCGUUAGUGAAACCUGACAAUUAGUUCCUGUGGGUGGCUCAUUAAAAUGGGAAAAGGUAAAAAAACUCAGGCGAAAAUAGUGAAAGAUGUGAACGCAAGAAUCUUGUCCACAUUGAGAGAUUUCAAUAAUAAAUGUCAACGUUUAAACAGCGAUUCGAGGUUCCAGAAACAAGUGGACGUCCCUUUUUACCCUGGAAUACCCGUUAAUCCAUUGAUUUAUGGACCAUUAGGCCAAAAACGAGAUCCAUAUCCUUAUCAAGGGAAAAGAGGUCAACCGGUCAACAGAUUUAAUUAUGGAGCAUCAGCUAAUCCACCGACCGAAAUGGUUGAAGUUAAAUGGAUUGUCCAUUGGAGGCCAAGGGUCAUGUCAUUUAUUCAAUCAAUUGCUGAAUACGAUGAGACUGACCAUAAUUCAUCAACGGAUGAAAGUGAAAGUGACAGUGACAGUGAAAGUAAUAUAUGAAAUUUACUCUGAUCAAAAAAAAAAGGUAAACAUUUUGUCAAAUAGAUAUUUUUUUUUACAUCUUGUGAUUUAAUUAAUGAAAUUGUCUCAAUUGUAGUACAAUACUAAUCCAGUUAAAUCGAUUAGCUUAUUUACAUAAAUAAACAACAAAAUUGAUCAA